UACGAUAUGGGAGGGGGAGAGCAUGAAAUCGCUUUAGAGGAGGCACUAAUAUCUUCCACGUUGAGAAAGCAAAGGCUGCAGGAAAUGGAAGGGAAAUGGACGGAGUUCCUGAAAGAGCUUAAGAAGGUGAGCUACAUGGCAGCGCCGAUGGUGGCUGUCAUGGUGAUGCAGUACCUUAUACAGGUUGUUUCCGUGAUGAUGGUUGGACAUGUCGAUCAGCUCUCUCUUUCCGGGGUCUCCAUCGCCACCUCUUUCACUAGUGUUACUGGCUUCAGUCUUCUUUUUGGUCUAGCUGGUGCACUGGAGACUCUGUGUGGACAAGCAUAUGGGGCACAGCAAUAUCAAAAGCUUGGAAUUCAUACUUACACCUCCAUCCUAUGUCUCUGUCUCGUCUGUCUCCCAAUAUCACUCCUAUGGGUAUUCACAGACAAAAUUCUAAAUUUGAUAGGUCAAGAUCCUUCAAUCUCCAAAGUAGCACACAAAUACUCAGUCUGUCUCAUCCCUAAUCUUUUCUCUUACGCCAUUCUUCAAUCGCUCAUCCGGUAUUUCCAGACGCAGAGUUUGAUUCUUCCGAUGUUGUAUAGCUCAGGUGCAACUCUGUGUUUGCAUAUACCUCUUUGUUGGGCUUUCACCCUUAAACUGAACUUAGGAAGUGUUGGAGCAGCGUUAGCAAUAACCUUCUCUUACUGGUUUAAUGUGAUUGUACUCGGGUUUUACAUGAAGUAUUCGGUGGCAUGUGAAAAGACUCGUGCUCGUGUGCUUUCAGUAGAAGUCAUUCGAAACGUUAAAGAAUUCUUCUGCUUUGCUACUCCAUCAGCUGCAAUGGCUUGUCUUGAAUGGUGGUCCUAUGAGGUGCUCAUUUUGCUUUCUGGGCUAUUAGCAAAUCCGAAACUGGAGGCAUCAGUGCUUUCUAUAUGCUUUACAAUUACUUAUUUGCACUACUACAUACCAUAUGCUUUUGGAGCCACAGCAAGCACUAGGGUUUCAAAUGAGUUAGGAGCUGGGAAUCCUCGCGCUGCUAAAGUUACAGUCUGUGCUAUUACGGUUCUUGCAAUCGUGGAAAUGAUUGUUGUAAGCACAACUCUUUUCUCUUACCGCCAUAAUCUCGGAUAUGCAUUCAGCAAAGACAAGGAGGUUGUGGAGCGUAUAGCAGAUAUGGGUCUUCUUAUUAGUCUCUCCAUUGUUAUGGAUGGGUUACAAGCACUACUUUCAGGGGUUGCUAGAGGAACAGGAUGGCAGGAGAUAGGAGCUUAUGUAAAUCUGGGGGCAUAUUAUUUGGUUGGCACUCCGGUGGGUGUAGUGCUUGCCUUUGUUGUACACUUGAGAGCCAAGGGCCUAUGGAUUGGAUUAUUGACAGGGUCUACUGUUCAGGCUCUCCUGCUUGCUCUUAAAACUGGUCUCACAAAUUGGCAAAAGCAGGCUUCACUUGCAAGAGAGAGGAUGCUGAAAGAGGUCGUACCUAUAGUGGAAUCAGUUGGAUAA